AUGUCAAGCAUCAGGAAUCGUUAUCAAGAUGAUGAGAAUGAUGAUCAGGGACUUUUUACAAACAGAUCCACGAUGAUGGCUAACUUUGAGGAAUGGAUCAAAAUGGCUACCGACAACAAGAUCAAUUCAAAGAAUAGUUGGAACUUUGCGCUCAUUGACUACUUUCAUGAUUUAAAUGUAUUGAGAGAUUCGGAAAAUAACAUAAAUUUCCAGAAGGCAUCCGCUACUCUGGAUGGCUGCGUGAAAAUAUAUUCUUCUAGAGUUGAUUCCGUCACGACUGAAACAGGUAAACUGCUCAGUGGACUUGCUCAAAAAAAGAAAGAUGAUAAAAUUGGGUCUUCCAAUGGUCAAGAUCGAAAUGAUGGGUCUGAUGAGCAUGAAAAUGGUGCCGAAGAUGGCGUGUACAUCGAUCCAGCGACGGGUCUCCCGGUUGCGAGUGAUACCGAUGCUCAAGCAAAGCGAAGAGUUUAUAAUCGUGUACUCGAGACUACACUUGUUGAUUUCGAUAGCAUCAAAUUGAAAGAGCUGGACAAGGAACUGAAUAUUGACCCAUUGUUCAAAAAAGCAUUAGUAGAUUUUGACGAAGGUGGGGCAAAAAGCCUUUUGCUGAAUACUUUGAAUACCGAUUGUUCUGCUAGAGUAGUGUUUGAUACAGCUUUUAAUGAUGAAGGUGUUGCAGCUACGCUAGAUGAUCUGUCUGAUAAAGGUAAAGAAGAAAAGGAAGCCCCAGAGAAUGAGGCGGAGAAAUUGAUUAACAGUGAAAUGGCUGAUACAUCAGAGACUCUGAAUUCAGAGAAAUGUGACGACUCAGAGAGCACUAUUAUAAUAGAGGACGAAAUUCUGUCACUCGGAAUUGACUUUAUCAAAUUCGAUGAGAUAAGCCGCUGCGAGAUAUCUUCGUCUAUACAGCAGCUCCGAAAUGUCGUUGAGGACAUAAGCAAGGCGAAAAAUUUUAUUGAUACCGUCAACAAUAAGUUUGAUAAUUUUCUUAGUGAACAAGAAUUACAGGAUGUCGUCCCGGAAGCCGGUUUAGAUGACAUUAACAGCGAUAAUGGUGUACUGCAAGAUGAAUAUUCUUAUAUUUCGCAAGAGGAGGAUAAAAACGAAGAGAACACGGAAAGUCCUAAGGAAGAUGUGGACAAUGCAAGAGGGUUGAUGGAGAAUAUAGAAACGUCCAAUACUAAUGAAAAUGCAGGUCGAAUGGAAAAUUUAUUCGAGAUAGAUUUAAUGUCAUAUUUCGACGAAAGUCUUAAAAGAAAUUGGAGAGGUAGAGAACAUUGGAAAGUACGAAAUCUGAAAAGAAGUAAUUUAUUUGGCAGCGGUCCUAAUGAAACAAAUAAACUGAACAACCCGCAAAAUGAGAGUAAUGAUGACAAUGAAAAAUCAAAGAAUGAAACUGCAGCGAAGAAGAAGAAAAAACAAACGGAGAUAGAUUUUUUUGCCAUAGAUGAUCACUUGGAAGAGACGAUUUUUGCCCCAAAGAAAAGAGCUAACAUUGACUUACCUCUGAAAGCUCGAACAGACGAUUCUCAUCAUUUAUUACCUCCAGACUACCAAUUCUCAACAAAGAAGAUCACGAGACUAUUCAUAAAGCCUACACAGUCAAUGAACUUGUUCACCAGCAGACGGAACCUGGAGCCAGUACGGAUGCAGAAUGAAAAGGUAACUCAUACUACACCAAAGAAUAAUAAUGAAGGUAUAGCUAUAGCUGAUGAGCAAUUCUGGGCCCAAAAUUAUGAAAGAAAGGAGAGGGAAGAAGAAGAGGAGAAAAAUGAACCUGAUGAAGAUAUUAAAAAUGGAAUUAUAAACAAUCCGUUUGCGGACGAUGAUGUGGAUGUUGAUUUCAAUCAAGCUUUUGAAGAUGAUACCGUGGACAGUUCUCCUAACGAGGAACCUGGUAAAUUGCCAAUAGAUGAUUCUAAGGUAAGUUACUCCCGUGUAUCUAAGAAAGUUGAUGUGCGAAAGUUGAAGCAUAACCUAUGGAAAUCGAUUAAAGUACUAGUCGGCAGAGAUGCAAUUGAUAACAAUCGACCUCAUAAUGAUAAUCAAGAUUUAACAAUAAAAAUUAGAUUGACAGAUAUUGCUGGAGAAAUAAGUAAAUUAUACCCCGAUGAAGCACUCACGGAUAUUUCAACAAGUUUUUGCUUUAUAUGUUUACUACAUCUUGCGAACGAAUAUGGAUUACAUAUAACGAAUACAGAAAACUUUGAGGAUUUGAUUGUUGCUUACAACAAAACUAUCAACGAUUGA